UGAAGGUUGCUCCCUACGGCUCCAGCGUCCCCGCCGCUACUAGACCCCGGAAGCAGGGUAUCGGGCUCCGGCGCUGAUGCGGCAGGGGACUGCGGUGCUUGGCUCAGAUCCCAGCGGCAGCGAUGUUUCACUUCUUCAGGAAGCCUCCAGAGUUGAAAACGCCCUCAACGCCAGAGAAAGAGGCAGAUGGGUUUGUCCUUUUAGGAGAUACAGCAAAUGAGCAAGGAACGGCAGCAAGCAGUAAAACUUCAGAAGUAGAAGGCGAUCAACUGACUGGCAAAGAAAACUCAUCCAGUGUGACUGUAGCAGGCCCUGAGGCGGAAAAUAAGGCAGGCCAGACCCUGGAAAGCAGCUCGUUCAUGGCCGAGCUUCUGAGCGACGUGCCCUUCACCCUGGCCCCGCACGUGCUGGCCGUGCAGGGCACCAUCAGUGACCUCCCCGACCACUUACUCACCUAUGACGUCAGCGAGAACUUGUCACGGUUUUGGUAUGAUUUUACUCUUGAAAAUUCAGUGCUCUGUGAUUCUUAAUUUUUAUGUUUGUUUGUACCAUAACAGCUUUAAAACAAAAGUUUACUCAUUGUAUUUAACCUGUUUGAUGUUCUUUGCCAUUUCACUGUCCAAAGGUCCUCAGGAAAACAGGGAUCAUAAAGGAAAGAAAUUAACAUUAUGCCCAUUGCUCUGUUUUUCAGAAUAAAGUAUAUUUGUAUAAAAAUUGAACUUCAAUUUUACUUCUUUCCUCCUGAAUAACAAAUAUGAAAACGAGGCAGUCAUAGUUUUAUGAAAGGAGUAGAUUCCUUCAACCAGGUUCUCAAAAUACAACAUUCAAAUUGACCUUAGAAGAACUGUGAAAAAGAACUGUGGCAUUUUCCUUGGGUUCCACAAGUGUGAAGUCUGCCCUGAGAGUGAGUGUGAAUGCCGUUCUCUGGGUUGGAGGAAGCUUGAAUUAAUAUCACUCUUUCUUAUUCUGAAGUGUUUAUGAAUGAGUUCAGAAAAAAAUUGUUGCCAGGUAAGCUGAAUUUCUUCAGUCUUGAUCUAGACACUGAUGGAAAUUGAAAACUUGCCCUAAAAAGCAGGGGGAUUUGCCCUGGCUGGGCAGCUCAGUUGUUAGAACAUCCCAAUGUACCAAGGUUGUGGGUUUGAUCCAUCCUCAGUGAGGGCACAUACAAGAAACAGCCAAUGAAUGCAUCAAUAAAUAAGCAGAACAACAAAUAGAUGUGUUACUCUCUCUUCCUCUCUAAAGCCAAUAAAUGAAAAAAAAUUUUUUUAAGCAGGGGGAGUUUGCUGAUGUAAGAAUGCUAUAACAGGAAUGCUUCGGGAUGCUGUUUCUGUGAGUGAUAAAUUUCAGUUUCCUUAAACCCAUGGCAGUCCUUUGCACCUGGAAUGACUCUUGUGUUCCUGCCUUUGUUUCCUGCCUGAUGCUCCUUCAGGGUGUUCUCCCUCACCGGCUUUCCAAAGGACUUGCCUGCUUCCACCUCCAUUAGCAUUUAUCCACCUGACCGCCUGUGGUCCCAGUGUAUGAAGAGAUUCACAUUUCCUUUCGACCUCUCUGCGCCCCCAGAGAAAAACAUCUCACAAUGAUACAUGUUAUUGGUGAUAACACCCUUACUUAGAAAUUUGUUGGCCACAGAACAGAUGGAAAUGUUUUACCUCUAGAAAAACAGAAAUCAACUCAUGUCCAAUUAGAGGAUAGGCAAAUCACCUAGAUAUGAAGUUUAGUUCUUGAAUAUCCAUUAUGUAUUCCAAUUACAACAGCAAAAGACUGCCAUUGGUCAAUAAACUGCAGAGGGAAGCAGUGGACUGUGAUAGAGUGUGUUCCAUGCCAUGUAAAACUUGGAUCCCAUUUGUUCGGAAUGGUAGCACCAUGAUUUGUUAAUUCUGUGCCAAAUUUUAAGUAUGUGUACCAUAGCAAAACUGAACAUUGUGCAUAAAGGUACAUGAAUUACUCAAAUUUUAAUGUGUUGUGCAUGUUUGUUUAAUAAAUGUGGCAUGUUCUUGAUUAAAAAAUGCUAUGUUAUUUAAAAGAUAAACAUUUUAUUGACAAAAUAUGUGUCAUUUACAAAUAAUUCUACCACAUGAGGUAAAUAUAUUAGAUCUUUACAUAGUUUUCAUUAACCAUCAGUCUAGUAAAUGACUUACUAGUAACACAAAUAUGAACAUUUUACAUCAGUUUUUGCAAAAGCCCAUCCUUUUUAAUAUCCAUGUUAAUGUACCUUAGAACCAAAUGUAAGCCUGUUAUCGAUUUACCUAAUAUAUGUAUUAAAUUUUGUCUCAAAUGCUGACACAUUUCAUUUAUAUUUUUGCCUACCAUGUGAUAUAAAUGCUUAUACAUAUUUUCAUUUGUCUAAAAAUUGUUAUAUUUAAAUAUGAAUAAAAUA